UGGGGGGAGCCUCGGCUGGGAAGGGGGGAGCGGAGACAGAGCCGAGAGACACAGGCACGAGACUCGCGCCGCCGAGGGUCGCGGACCUGGGGACAGAAGUGCGAUUGGAGAAAGUAGAGCGAUGCCAAGGAGGAAACAACAAGCACCCAAGCGGGCUGCAGGUUAUGUCCAAGAGGAAGAUUUAAAGGAGGACGAAGAAAUAAAGGAGGAAGAAGAGGAUGGUGAUGACAGUAAUUCAACAGCCCAACUUCAGGGCAGCAAUGAUACUGGUACAGAUGAAGAACAUGAAGUGGGUCCCGAGCAGAAAGGAAGUUUUAGCUACCAGAAUUCUCCUGUAAGUCAUAUAUCCAAUCAGGAUGCAGAAAAUGAAUCACUAUUAAGUGAUGCUAGUGACCAGGUGGCAGAUAUUAAAAGCAUUUGCUUGAGAGAGGCUCAUGAUCCAAAAACCAGUGCCCACCCUAAACCUCAGAAUGAAGCACAUAAUUGCAUGGAUAAGAUGACAGCAGUCUAUGCCAACAUACUGUCAGACUCUUAUUGGACAGGCUUAGGGCUGGGUUUCAAGUUGUCUAACUCCGAGAAGAGGGGUUGCGACAACAGAAACGGAAGUAACAAAGCUGACUUUGAUUGGCACCAAGAUGCAUUGUCAAAAAGCUUGCAACAGAAUUUACCUUCCAGACCUGUCACCAAACCAAACCUGUUCAGUUCAGUCCAGCUCUACAGACAAAGCAGCAAAAUGUGUGGAACUGUAUUCACAGGUGCUAGCAGGUUUCGGUGCAGGCAAUGCAGUGCUGCCUAUGACACCUUGGUAGAGCUAACGGUCCAUAUGAAUGAAACUGGUCAUUACCAAGAUGACAACCAUAAAAAGGACAAGCACAGACCGACCAGCUACUCAAAGCCCCGGAAAAGGGCCUUUCAGGAUAUGGACAAGGAAGAUGCACAAAAAGUCCUAAAAUGUAUGUUCUGCGGUGACUCUUUUGAUUCCCUUCAAGACCUGAGUGUUCACAUGAUAAAAACAAAACACUACCAAAAAGUGCCUUUGAAGGAGCCAGUACCCACCAUUUCUUCAAAAAUGGUCACUCCAGCAAAGAAGCGUGUGUUUGAUGUUAAUCGGCCUUGUUCCCCAGAUUCCACAACGGGAUCUUUCUCAGAUACGUUUUCUCCUCAAAAGAAUGCAAAUCUGCAGUUGUCGUCUAACAACCGCUACGGUUACCAAAAUGGUGCCAGCUACACGUGGCAGUUUGAGGCCUGUAAAUCUCAGAUUUUGAAGUGCAUGGAAUGUGGAAGUUCACACGACACCUUGCAGCAGCUCACCACUCACAUGAUGGUCACUGGCCAUUUCUUGAAAGUCACAAGUUCGGCUUCAAAGAAAGGAAAGCAACUGGUUCUAGAUCCUUUGGCUGUGGAGAAAAUGCAGUCUCUGUCUGAGGUGCCAACCAAUGACACUCAGGUUUCGAAACCAUCCAGUAAUGUGUCUUCAGAUUGCAUAGCACCUGUACCCGAGCUAAAGAAAGAGAGUAAAAAAGACAAACUUGAUGAUGUAAACAAAGAUGAGAAAGUGGUAAAAACGGAAGAAUAUGAAGAUGUCCUUCAGAAACCAUUAGACCCUACCAUGAAAUACCAGUAUCUAAGGGAAGAAGAUUUAGAAGAUGGUUCAAAAGGUGGUGGGGAUAUUUUAAAGUCCUUGGAAAACACAGUCACGACAGCCAUCAACAAAGCUCAAAAUGGAGCUCCCAGCUGGAGUGCAUAUCCUAGUAUUCAUGCAGCCUAUCAGCUGUCAGAGGGAGCUAAACCUUCGUUACCAGUGGGUUCCCAAGUCCUGCAGAUCAGGCCAACGAUGACCAAUAAAUUGAGGCCCAUUGCUCCAAAGUGGAAAGUUAUGCCUCUGGUUCCUCUUUCAGCAAAUAUGUCCCAGUGCACUCAAGUGAAGAAGGAAAUGGAUGACAGAGAAGAAGUACAAAAGGACUAUGCUAAAGAGGGCAUCCAGCCUGACCCUGCCAUGCUCUGUCAGAGUGAAGGAGAAACUCCCCCCAAAUCUGAGGCCUCUGUAGAGCCAAAGAAGACAGAGCCAUGCCCCUUGAAAGAGGAGGACAAAACAAAAGAAGACACUGAGAAGGAAAAGGCAAAACCCAAAGAGUCAACUGUGUCUACCCUUAGCAAUGGCUGUGCUGCCACAAACCACUCUUCUGAACUGCCUUGUAUCAACCCACUGAGUGCCCUGCAGUCUGUACUGAAUAAUCACUUGGGCAAAGCCACUGAGCCUUUACGGGCCCAAUCCAAUUCCAGCCCCAGCUCGAGCACAAUUUCUAUGUUUCACAAACCUAAUUUAAAUAUGAUGGAGAAACCUGUUUUGUCACCUGCCCCAACCCCACCAAAGCCUGCAAAUGUAUCCAGGCAUUAUUUGUUUGAAAGCAACGAUCAGCCUAUAGAUCUGACAAAAUCCAAAAGCAAGAAAGCCGAGUCAGCACAAGCACAAUCUUGUACUUCCCCACCUCAGAAACAUGCUUUGUCUGACAUUGCAGACAUGGUCAAAGUUCUUCCCAAAGCUACAACACCAAAACCUGCUGCAUCAUCUAGGAUCCCGUCGAUGAAAUUGGAAAUGGACGUCCGACGUUUUGAGGAUGUCUCCGCAGAAGUUUCCACUCUACAUAAACGCAAAGGCAGGCAGUCCAACUGGAACCCUCAGCAUCUCCUGAUUUUACAAGCUCAGUUUGCUUCCAGCCUCUUCCAGACGUCUGAAGGUAAAUAUUUAUUAUCUGAUCUCGGUCCUCAAGAACGCAUGCAGAUUUCUAAAUUUACUGGACUGUCAAUGACCACCAUCAGCCAUUGGCUGGCAAAUGUCAAGUACCAGCUGCGGAAAACUGGAGGAACAAAGUUUUUGAAAAACAUGGACAAAGGGCACCCGAUCUUUUAUUGCAGUGACUGUGCAUCUCAGUUUAGAACGCCAUCGACUUACAUUAGUCACUUAGAAUCUCAUCUAGGUUUCCAAAUGAAAGACAUGAACAGGCUGGCUGUGGAACAGCAAACCAAGGUAGAGCAAGAAAUCUCUAGAGUUUCAGUUCAAAGAUCGCCUGAAACAAUAGCUGGAGAAGAGGACACAGACUCUAAGUUCAAAUGUAAGUUGUGCUGUCGGACAUUUGCGAGCAAACAUGCAGUAAAACUUCAUCUAAGCAAAACACACAGCAAGUCACCAGAACACCACUCACAAUUUGUAGCAGAAGUGGAUGAAGAAUAACUCUUAAGGUAUGCAUGCUCCAACUCCAUAGUGAGUUUAAAUUUCAUGACUGUAAGGAGAUCUCUUGAAGCACUUGUGCUUUCUUAAAAGUAGAAAACCGUGAAAUGUAAAAUAUACUGAUGCAUUAGUCAGUUUAGAUGUGCAGGUCCAUUUUUACACUGCUCUGAAGAACAAAGCUUGCUAAAUGCAUUACUACAUUGGCUUGUAUUGAAAAGUUGCUUUUUUUUGUAAUGUUUUCAACCUAAUUGUUUCCCCACUUUUCCACAGCUCUAUUUUCCUGUUUCUAAGAAUAAUUUUUUGUCUGCAUACUAUUCAGUUUAGCAUGAACAGAGCAAAUAAAUGGCUACUCUUCUGCUUUCACA